AUGACUAAACCAACUCGCUGUGUAGUGGGGCGUGUUUGAUGAGGCAACUGAUAAUUAACUCAAGUUCCCCAUUUAUCGUGACUGGCGAAGUCAAAGCGCGACUGGUCCUAAAUAGUUUUCUAUAGGUAGGUUUUUCAUGCAAAAAAAGCAGGUGAUUCAUCGAUAUGGCGCAUUAUAGAGCUUCUGAAUCCAGACGGGAACAAUUCCGAAGGUACCUGGAAAAAGCUGGUGUCCUCGACAGCCUCACCAGCGUGUUGGUAGCGUUGUACGAAGAAAAUGAUAAACCCAGCAACGCUUUGGAUUUCUUAAAGCAACACCUUGGGCUGUCUGGCCCUGCACCAGCAGAGGUGGAGAAACUUCGCUUGGAGAUGGUGGGGCUUCAGCAACAAUAUGAGAGUCUCCUGGAGGAGAACAAGGGACUCAAAAAUAGGCUUCUGCAGUAUGAAUCCGCACAAGAAGAAGCAGCAACUCCGUAGUGCCGACUGGCUCUGAGAACACGCACUGUUGUGGGACUCCACUGGAAAUGGAGGGGGGCACGUUUAUUUCGGUACAUUGUGUUCAUUUAAACUGAAUGAUUCUGGGUUGUCUGGAAUGUCAUUUGGAGUGUAUGUUAUUUUUCAAGUAAUGUCUAUCUAAAUUAAACGCAUCAUUCACACAAAA